AUGGAUUUGAUUAAUCAACACAAUUCAACUUGGAAAGUCGAUGUCUUGCAUCAAGUUUUCUCUCCUUUUGAGGUUCAGGCAAUUUUGCACAUGCAUGUUAGUCGUUGGGACAAAUCGGAUGUUCAAAUUUGGGCGCCUGAGAGGACGGGUAAAUUUUCUGUUCUGUCAGCUUAUCAUCUUGCUAUUUCGCUUAGUACUUCUUCUGUUAUUGUUUCGGCUAAUUUUUCUUGGUCUUCAAUUUGGCGCUGCAACACUUUGUCAAAGGUGCAACAUUUUCUCUGGAGGUGUUGUCAUAAUGCUUUGCCCACUGGUGUUUCUUUGCUGGCUCAGGAUUAUGCUGUGUCACCUUUGUGUCCUCGCUGUGGGUUGGAGGAGGAAUCUAUUGUGCAUCUUUUGUUCAUGCGUCCUCAUUCUAUAUGGAUCUGGAAGUUGUCCCCGCUUCGUUUUGAUUUUUCAGCAUUUGUUUUUUCUUCUUUCUUGGAUGCGAGGAAUCGCUUAGUGUUUAAAGGGGUGCUAUGGAGGCCGGAGAAAGUGGUUGAUAAGGUCAUAGCGAAUUAUUGGGAGUUUACGAAAUCUACGUCCCAAUGUAAAUCUUUAAGCCCGGCAAAGACAUCCCCAUUGGUGGUUCGUUGGGUCCUCCUGUUUCAAGGAUGGUUAAAUUUUGAAUAUGAUGCUAAGGAUGUUGUUGAAGCUGUGGUGGAUGGAGCAAAUUCACCAUCGGAAAUAGCGUCUCUGUGUUUUGAUAUCAAGGCGGAUCUUCUACGGUUUCCUUGGGCGUACUUAAGUCAUGUUCGAUGUACGGGUAAUAGGGUGGCUCAUGCCUUAGCGACGCUUUCGCGUGGCUGGGUUACGGAGGAUCGUGUGUUGCCUUCUAUUCCUUCUUGGAUAGUGCACCUUGCUUUAGCUGAUGUUAUAGGUUCAGGUUCUUAG